CUUCCUUUUCUUUCUUUGACCUCUAAUGUUUUAUGCAUUCGCAUUUAUGCAUGUCCAGGACCCUGCACUCACUCUAUCUGGUCUCCCCGGACCCUGCAUUCACUAUAUCCGUCUCCCCGGACCCUGCAUUCACUAUAUCCGGUCUCCCCGGACCCUGCAUUCACUAUAUCCGGUCUCCCCGGACCCUGCACUCACUAUAUCCAGUCUCCCCGGACCCUGCAUUCACUAUAUCCGGUCUCCCCGGACCCUGCAUUCACUAUAUCUGGUCUCCCGGACCCUGCACUCACUAUAUCUGGUCUCCCCGGACCCUGCAUUCACUAUAUCCGGUCUCCCCGGACCCUGCAUUCACUAUAUCUGGUCUCCCCGGACCCUGCACUCACUAUAUCUGGUCUCCCCGGACCCUGCAUUCACUAUAUCUGGUCUCCCCAGACCCUGCACUCACUAUACCUGGUCUCCC